AUGGAGCUGGCGUGGCUGUGGCUGCUGGGAGCGGGGCUCCUGGCCACUGUUCAUUGUCAACCCUUUUCUGCCCUAGAGGACAAGAGUCUAGGGGUGCCUCAAGCGCCCAGUGUUCGGCUCUCAGAUCCAGCCCCUACCUACCACAAAAUCACACCCGUCAUUACUAACUUCGCCCUGCGUUUGUACAAGCAGCUGGCAGCGGCCACCACAGGCAACAUCUUCUUCUCCCCUGUGAGCAUCUCAACCUCCCUGGCCCUGCUCUCCCUGGGGGCCCAAGCAGGCACCCAGACCCAGAUCCUGGAAGGCCUCGGCUUCAACCUCACGGAGACCCCAGAGGCCGACAUCCACAGGGGCUUCCAGAGCCUCAUCCACACCCUGGACCUGCCCAGCCCCAAACUUGAGCUGAAGGUGGGCACCUCCCUGUUCCUGGACAAGCAGCUGCAGCCGCGGCGGCACUUCCUGGACGCCAUCAGGGACCUGUACGGGGCUUUGGCCUUCUCGGCCAACUUCACGGACGCGGCCUCCACGGGCAGGCAGAUGAGCGACUACGUGCGGAAGCAGACCUACGGGCGCGUGGCGGACUGCCUCCGGGGCGUCACCCCCGACACGCUCCUGGUUCUCUUGAACUACAUCUUCUUCAAAGCCAAGUGGAAGCAUCCUUUCAAUCGCUACCAGACCCAGAAGCAAGGGAACUUCUUUGUGGACGAGAGAACCUCUUUCCGCUUCCCCAUGAUGCACCAGAAGGAAAUGCACAGGUUCCUCUAUGACCCCGAGGUGGCUUGCACCGUCCUCCAGAUCGAAUACAGCGGAAACGCCCUGGCCCUGCUGAUCCUCCCCGACCCUGGUAAAAUGGAGCAAGUGGAGGCGGCUCUGCAGCCCGAGACCCUGAGAAAAUGGGGCCCGUUGCUCCUGCCCAGCCUGCUGGAUUUGCACCUGCCGAGGUUUUCCAUUUCCGGAACAUAUAACCUGGAAGAGCUCCUUCCCCACCUCGGCCUCACCAGCACCUUCACCUUAGACGCUGGCUGGUGGGGAAUCACUGGGCAGCUCAACCAAACCGUCUCCAGGGUGACCCACAAGGCCACGGUGGACAUGAGUGAGCGGGGAACCGAGGCAGGGGCUGCCUCCGGCCUCCUUUCCCAGCCUGGGUCUCUGAACACAAUGUCGGCCCCGCAGGCCCAUUUCAACAGGCCUUUCCUGGUGCUCCUUUGGGAGGCGACCACCCAGAGCCUACUCUUCAUGGGAAAAGUGGUCAACCCUGCUGCAGGGUGAUGGAGAUGUCAACCCUGCCGGG